CUUAGCAGCAUAAUAGUCAAGAAACAGUAGAACAUGUAAAUAUCAUAGGUGAAUAUCAAUUGUCCUAGUUUUCAACAGGAACACGUGAUUCCAAGAGGUAGAUUAAGUAAAGUACAUGUAGUAGCUAGUUGUAGUAAGUCAUGCUGACCAACACUUCGGAAGGUGGCGGUAAUGCACAACAAAAAGUUGUUUGCCAACCACCAUUAAACGUCUGAAGAUAGGAGGAUGCUUAACUUGAGCGAUGCGGAGUUUCCCCGUGAGUCCUGCUCUUUCCGUCACGUAGCGCAUCAGAUAACCGGAGUGAAUCACCAGAGUCUGUACAUAUCGAUAGACUUGUUUAAGUGGACUUUGUGUACAUGAUGAGGACGUUUUACCCCAUGCUCAUCUCCGUUAGCCAAAAAAUGCUAACUGAAGUUAGCGUAGCCUGCUAGCUGGAAAUGGACGGAGGCGGAACUCGGCCACACAGCGCUGGUGGGUGGUGAGACCAAACUGUAUUUUUCCUGGACUCACAUUGUCCAGAUAGACCUGUCUGAAUGGACUCUGUGUUGUUAGCUUUAUUUUGAAAACUGAAUUAUCUCCUGGUGUCCUCAGAAACUAGCUAGCUUGCUAAUAAAGUUGGUUUGCCAAUUGACGCUGAAGUAGACGGAUCCGUACGUAACUUAGCAACACAGCGCACGUCAGCGUGAGCAAACAGGUUCUUAACGGAGUGUGUCUGGAGGAAAAGUUGCUGUGAUUUAGUUAAAAAAUGUCUAAAGUCCAAAUGCUGAGAGAUUUUGUGAACCAGCGACUAACUGCGGCUGCUGAAGAGAUAUUUGAGCUGUUUGAAAGAACGAUAGCAGAGUACGAGGAGGAACUUGGUCGUUCAAAAGAGGAGAACGAGCGACAACAGAAACUACUGGACGCCGUUUGCAACCCUGAAGUCCGGUUACACAGAGCAGACGCCCAGCAACUGUUGGUGGUUACAAAAGAGGUUAAGCAGGAGGACACAAAGCCCCCACGCAUUUCCCUAUCCUCGCCAGACGCCCAGCAACUGUUGGUGGUUAAACAAGAGGUUAAGCAGGAGGACACAAAGCCCCCACGCAUUAAAGAGGAACAGGAGGAACUCUGGAUCAGUCAGGAGGGAGAGCAGCUUCAAGGGCUGGAGGAGGCUGAUAUCAAGUUCCCGUUCACUUCUGUCCCUGUGAAGAGUGAAGAAGAUGAUGGAGAGAAAGCUCAGUCCUCACAGCUUCAUGAAAGCCAAACUGAGGAGAACAGAGAGGCAGAAAGAACAGGAGCUGAUGGGGAGGACUGUGGAGGGCCAGAACCAGGCAGGAACUCAGAUCCAGAUAGUCCUUUACAACCAGCUACUCAUGACAAGACUUCAGACUCCUCUGAACCUGAGACUGAUGACAGUGGUGACUGGGAGGAUACUAGGGAACCUCAGUCAGGUUUAAACUCUCUGCAAAACAAUGAAGAACCUGGAAGUGAUGUAGAACCUCUGCAGAAACAAUUUUGCUGCUCACUUUGUGGUAAAAGAUUCUCUCGGAAGUACUCCUUAACCACUCACAUGAGACUUCAUUCAGAAGGAAAACAUUUGACCUGCUCAGUUUGUAAAGCAAUUUUCUCUCACAGCAGCACUUUGGCUGUGCACAUGAGAACUCACACAGGGGAGAAACCAUUUAGCUGUUCAGUAUGUAGUAAAAGAUUUGCACAGUUGCCAACUCUGAAACAACACUUGACUGUCCACACUGGGGAGAAACCAUUUAGUUGUUCUUUGUGUAGAAAAAAAUUUGCACACCACAGUACUCUGAGGCAACAUUUAACUGUCCACACUGGGGAGAAAUCAUUUAGUUGUUCAGUUUGUAGAAAAAAAUUUGCACGCCACAGCAAUCUGACACGACACUUGACUGUCCACUCCGGAGAGAAACAAUUUAGUUGUUCUGUUUGUGAUAAAAGAUUUACAGACUAUAGUAAUCUGAAACGACACUUGACUGUCCACACCGGGGAGAAACCAUUUAGUUGCAGCGUUUGCAAUAAAAGAUUCAAUCGGCAGGAUAGUGUCAAAAGUCACAAGUGUGUUGGUGAGAGCAGCGGAAAUAAAUGAAGCUGCACAGAUGCUUGCUGAGCCAAUUGUCUUCCAGCAGAGUGUAGGGCUGCUCAAUUUUUCUUUCUUUUUAAUCACAAUUCCUCACUUUCUUUUGGCAAGAUGUUGCAAUUAUUGAAGUUACAAAACCGUGAAACAGUUGAAAACAACGGUGAAAACGCCUUUAACUGUGAAAUUUCCUAUACAUUUCUUAUUUUUUCCCAUUUGAUUUUAGUAGCAUCCAAGUAAUGUUUUUUCUCAAUAACCAUGUUUUUGUGAUCGUUGGGAGCCGAAAAGUUUAACUGCAAAACCCUAACUGAGAGCAAGACUUGGUUUAAGACUGAUCAGCUAAAAACUGUCUAAAAUGAUCUUAUACAGCAAAGAAGAAGCUACACAAUCAAUUUUAAAUUCUGUUUUUAUUUUACUUUUUCUAGCUGCUGUACUUUUUUUGUUAUUACAUGUAUUCAAUGAUUAGACUUUUAAAUGGUCUAACAGUAUUUUUUUGUUCCCCAAAAAGCACUAUGGGCAACAUUUGUGAUUUAAAGCUAUAGUGCGUAGUUUCUGUUGCCCCCAUGAGGACGUCUAAGUAAUGACAACAACCCUGUUUGCGCAUUCUCUUUGGCGUCAGUCACUUUCUUUUUUGGAUUUCAGUCCUUCUGCUGAACGGGUAGGUUUUUUUCUCUUUCUCUCAGUACAAUCACUGACUGAAACAUUUCAUGGGCGCUUUUUCAGGUUUUCAGCCACGGCUUUACCUGUUGCAGCAGUCCUCUCCGUCUCCAAAGCUGAACGCUGCUGUUUCCUUUCUCAGCUGUGACGUAAAACACUUCACUCAAGCUUCGGCACUCGAAAGUCUCUGCCAUACUGAGCAUUACAGAGAGUUUUGUGGAGCAGAAAGGCUUAAUUAGCUUUUUAGUAGUCUAAACUCACAACAUUCCUCUUCCAGGAUUGCUCCGUUGCCGCUGGGAAACCAGUGGAGGAGGAAGUAAAGUUACAACUUUUACUGAAGUAAAGAUAGAAAUGUCAAACUUCCCCUUUAUGUAGGAAAGACAGAGGCUGUCAGUCUCAGUAAUUAAAUUGAUUCUGAAUAUUUGAUUUCAUUGUAAAGAGUGGGCUGACAUCAAAUUAUCAUAAUCUUAUAUCAGUGUAAGACAUGGCUUUAAAAGCUCUUAACAAAACCACAAACAAAAUAGCAGAAUUGUUGGAUAUACUAUCGCUAAAAA